CCAACGGUCUGGACUGGAAGAAUGUGGGUAUCAGGAGCUAUGCAGACGGAAACAAGGGGGCGCGGGUAGAAAGAAACCUGGGCGAGGCCGGAAUGCAAUCAGAACCCAGGCACUCGCCACCAACGCCGCCCCUCAGGCCCAGCCCGUUCCGUCGCGGGGACCACAAGGGCCAGACCCCGGUACACGCGGAGGCCACGUUCCAACCGUCCGCCCGCAGCGUGGGGAUCUUCCGGGCCGCCGCUGGAAGUCGUGAAUGGACGGCGAGCCCCGCGGUGCCACCCUGCACCGCCACUUACCAUUUUCCUUCCGGUCGUCAGAGGUCCGUUGCCGAGUGAUCUCUUGGGCCCCUUUAAGAAUGGCUCGGCAGCCACCUCCCUUCCUGCUUCGGCUGGCGCACAGCUCAGGCUCCCCCACCUAACUACGCGGCCGCCGUGGCCCGCACGUGACGGCGGACGGCGGAAGGCGAGGCCCAAAAUCCAGCGAAAUGCGGACGCGGGCGCUUCUUCAGCCUGCUAAGGAAGGAUGCUCCGCCCUCCGGGUUACCAAGGAAUGAGCCAACCCGGCGGUGCGCAGAUUCUUGGUGUCUGUAAAUAUUCUACAAGCCUUAACGGCAGGAAUUUCGUGGUGACAAACCUGAGCCAAUGACUUUAGCGGUAAAUUGGCCGCGGCUGUUAGCUGCCCAGAAGCCUGGGCGAGUGAGGACCUACAAAGUUUGUCCGCUCCGGGGCGCCAUACCAGCUUGGGUCCCGGCCGGCCGGGCUGGGCUGGGCUGAGCCCAGGAGACCCCGAUGGCCGCAGUGUUCCUGGUAACGCUCUAUGAAUACUCUCCGCUCUUCUACAUCGCUGUGGUCUUCACCUGUUUCAUCGUCACCACCGGCCUGGUAUUAGGAUGGUUUGGUUGGGACGUUCCAGUAAUUCUGAGAAAUUCAGAAGAAACCCAGUUCAGCACAAGAGCGUUCAAGAAACAAAUGAGACAAGUGAAGAAUCCUUUUGGCUUAGAGAUCACUAAUUCAUCCGCAGCUUCUCUAGCAACAGGCAUGACCUUGACGACAGACUGCCUGGAAGAUAGUCGUCUCACAUGCUACUGGGGGUGCAGUGUUCAAAAACUGUACGAAGCUCUUCAGAAGCACGUGUACUGCUUCAGGAUAAGCACUCCGCAAGCAUUAGAAGAAGCGCUGUACAGUGACUAUCUCCACCGAGAACAGUAUUUUAUUAAAAAGCACAGCAAAGAAGAAAUAUAUUGCCAAUUACCAAGCGAUACUGAAAUUGAAGACUUUGGUCCAGUGCCCAGAUCUCGCUAUCCCUUGGUAGCUCUGUUGACUCUCGCUGAUGAGGAUGACAGGGAAGUUUAUGAUAUCAUUUCCAUGGUGUCUGUAAUUCAUAUUCCUGAUAAGACUUACAAACUUCCCUGCAGAAUAUUGUAUCAAUAUUUAAUCCUGGCUCAAGGUCAAUUUUAUGAUCUUAAGCAACUUUUCAUGUCUGCAAAUAAUAGUCCUACUCCUUCCAGCGACCCAUCCCCAGCAGAUAGAAAUGUGGAGCAGAGCUUGUUGGAGAAGGCAGGACUGGCUGGGAGUGAAGUGGACCCCAUGGAAGAGAGCAGCAAGGACUGUGUGGUGUGCCAGAACGGGGGCGUGAACUGGGUGCUCCUGCCUUGCCGGCACGCCUGCCUGUGCGACAGCUGUGUGUGCUACUUCAAGCAGUGUCCCAUGUGCCGGCAGUUUGUGCAGGAAUCCUUUGCACUUUGUGGUCAGAAAGAGCCAGACAAGGAUGUACUAGAAACUUCCUGAAGACAUCACAGCCAGAGAGUGUACUUUCUACACGAGGUCAGAGCCUUGUGUCCUUAGAGGCAAUCCUAACCCAGAAUCUACAGUCUUACCUGUUGGAGAGAGUUCUAUUUUCACUUCAUAUUUGUACAGUACUCGGAUGAUGAAAAUAAAGUCUUCCUGCGCAGUGUGGCAAGCAA